AUGGCCAAUGCUUUAGAUGACCAACCAGAAGGUGGUUUCCGCCGCAGGAGGCCGCGUCCAAUUACCGACUAUGGCUCAUCCAUCGUUCAGUGGAUGAGCAAUCGAAAACCGGCAUAUAAGGGGAGCCAUCACUACGAACAGGAGCGACCAAGUCAAAGCUACGUCUUCGACAUAUUGCCCCCACCGGCCAAGCUUGACUCUCCAGCCGAGUCAAUACCUGUUCGACAUUUGCAUACUUCUUUGGGAAAAUCUAAAAAGCCUGUCACGGUGGUUCGAUGGAUGCCUGAAGGACGCCGACUUCUUGCUGGUGUUCACAAUGGUGAAUUCAUGCUAUGGAAUGGCAUGUCAUUCAACUUUGAGACCGUCACGGCUAUGGGUUCAAGCUCACUCCGCGCUGCUGAAUGGUCGAAUCGAAAAGAUUGGCUCGUCGCCGCUAACGACGAAGGAACAGUCUACUACCUGCAGCAAACGUUGAAUAACCCCCAUCAAUUCAAAGGUCACGACGCGCCCAUUAGAGAUCUCGCUUUUGCGCCAACCGACACCAAAUUCGUCACUGCAUCGGACGACAAUACUCUAAAGAUUUGGGAUUUCACCUCCUCCACCAACGAAUCUACUUUCAGUGACCACGGUUGGGACGUCAAGGCCUGUGACUGGCACCCAACUAAAGGCCUCGUCGUCUCGGGAAGCAAAGACCACAGCGUCCGACUAUGGGAUCCUCGUACCUCACGCAACCUGACGACUCUUCAUGGCCAUAAGAAUGCCAUUACGGCCACAGUAUUCAGCAGACUCCGUGACCAACUUCUUGCUACGGCUGGCCGGGACUGUCAAACGCGCAUAUUUGAUCUCCGUAUGAUGCGAGAUGUGGCUAUUCUCCGUGGGCACGAGAAAGGCGUCACCACGCUAUCAUGGCAUCCGAUUCACCCAUGUUUAAUCAGCACGGGCGGCGAUGACGGGUCACUGCACUCCUACCUCCUGACCGAACCCAACACGCCGCCUGGCGUUUCUUCAACAUCAAUAUCCACGUAUGCUUCCGCCGAUCCACGCUCUGCUCCCGCCCAAUCCAUUUACCCUGCCCACCGGAUCCCCCACGCACAUGACUCGUCGAUAUGGUCCCUCGAUUGGCAUCCGCUGGGACAUAUCCUCUCCUCAGGGUCAAAUGAUCACUACACACGGUUCUGGUCACGAUCUCAGCCGGGCCAGGCAACUUGCUUCAUAGACCAAUUCCACCUGGGUGAAGAAGGCGCCGAGGCACAAGGAACUUGGAAUCGGAAAUUCGGCCGGAAACAGGCCAAGGAGCAGGAAGAGCAAGAAGCCGAAGACGAAGCGGAAGGACUGGAAGACCAAGCUGCUGUCCAAAGCCAACAAUCUGGUAUUCCGGGCUUCUCAAUACCAGGCCUCCCCGGCUUGUCUGACAUGAGUCUGAACGGCACAACCACCCAACCGGCCCAACCAGCACCCUCCGUGCCUGGCAUCAAUAUCCCCCCGCCCCCAUUGUCUCUGCUUCCGGGUCUGCAGAACGGUCCUGCAACGAACACCGCCCCCUCACAACAGGCUGGGGCUCGGAUUCCGCCUCCACCUCUACCCUUCCCACCCGUGCCCGGCGUAGAUGCAGAAUCCCUUCAACGCCUCCUGGCCAUGUCUCAACCAGGUCAACCACACAACAACGCACGAUCGUCAGCGCCCAUGCCUCCCGGUCUGGGUUCAGGAUCUGUACCCCCGCCGCCAAUCGACUUUACCAAACUCAAUCUUCCUCCUGGGUUCACUCCCCCUCCAGCCCCGGCGCCCGGCCAACUACCACCGUCGCCGUCCAAUGCCGCAAUGGGACUGCCUGGUCUCUCUUCAUCGAGUAUUCCCGGGCUCGGCGGUGGGGGAAUCCUAGCAGGAAGUUCUGCGAUCAACUCACCAACGAACGCAAACGAGGGCGUGCGAAAGCGCGCACCGUUGCCGAGUCAGCGCGAUGGGUUCAAGGCCGAGCAAGCGAAAGGCAAUUAUCGGGCCGCAAGAUGA